UUGCAGUCCAAUUUCUCUGAACAUCGUUAAUCUUUCUGUGCAAGUCUUUUAUCUUUUCUAAACACGAAGGACGGCUUCUUGUUGAAUUAGAAUAAAAGGUUUCAAGCUGUUUGUUUUGAAGAUAACAUCCCUAUAACUAUGAUUCCAAGCCAGUAAAAAACCGCGUCAAAUAGCAAAAAGCUCACAUUUAAGGAUGUUAUUUUCAGGAAUAGAGUCUGAGCAACCGAGUAACCAAUUGGCUAGAUUAUCCAGAAUCAAACACCACCCAAAACCUCCAACAUUGUCCCUAUCCCUGAAGCUUGCAUCACGAUCCACUUUGAAUAUAUUUGAAGGUGGAAGUUGCCAUGCACUCAAAUUCCUUUGAGUAAUUUGAAAUUGAAAAAAAAAUAAUAAUAAUAACGAUCCGAGUGUCAAAUAAGAUAAACCGCCUUUUUCUUGCUCCAAGGUUCACUUGCAUUGAAAACUGCAGUGUUUCGAUCCUUCUAAACCCAUCAAAUUUCAGCUGAAAAAAAAAAUCAUGAUCCUUAAGCUGUUUGAAGGCUUUUUCUGAAAUUUAAAUUGCUAUCUAAGAAAAAUAAAUUAGAUCCAAGGCUUUUCCAAAUUUGUGAAGUCUUUAGAUAGAACCUAAGACAGUGAUUAAUAGUUUCUAUUUCAAGUUGCAUCAUGUAAAAGGGAAAGGGUGGAAUUGUAAUUUGAGGCAUGAGGAGCUGGGUAGUUGGUUGUUGACUGAGUGGCUCCCUUCAUUUAUUAUUUGCAUUCAUAUUCAAAAACGGAACGGAACAAAGCGGAUGUGACGUUGGAAUCCAAGUCAAGAAGCCAUGGAGGUGAUGCGUCACUGUUCAAGGUUCCUUCUUCCUCCCAACAGCAACGAUACUCGUUGUAUGAGGUACGCUCUUGUGGUCCUCAAUCAACGUCUUCCUAGAUUCGCUGCUCUCCUUUGGGACCACGCGCAGGUGCGAGUGUGUGCUGAUGGAGGUGCCAACAGGGUGUUUGAUGAAAUGCCUCUUCUCUUCCCUCUUCAACAUCCUUCCCAAGUUCGCUCCAGGUACAAGCCAGAUGUAAUCAAAGGCGACAUGGAUUCUAUCAGGAAAGAUGUCCUUCAUUUCUAUACAAACCUUGGGACAAAGAUACUUGAUGCUUCUCAUGAUCAGGAUACUACCGAUUUGCACAAAUGUGUAGCAUACUUACGUGACCUAACAACACCAAAUACUGAUGAAUCAGCUUUGUGUAUUCUUGUUGCUGGAGCUCUUGGUGGGAGAUUUGACCAUGAGAUGGGAAAUAUCAAUGUUCUCUGCCGAUUCUCCAGCACACGAAUUAUCCUUCUAUCUGAUGAUUGCCUUAUUCAGCUUCUUCCAAAGAAUCACCGCCAUGAGAUAGUUAUUCAAUCUUCCGUCGAGGGUCCGCAUUGUGGACUUAUUCCCAUUGGGAUGCCAUCUGCAAGUUCUACCACCACCGGACUCCAGUGGGACCUCAGUUAUUGACAAAGUUCAGGGAAAAACCAAGAGCUGUGCAGAUCGCAAGCCACCUAGCAUGGGUCGUGGAAGGGGUACCUGGUUGGAGAUAUCAACUUUUCAUUAUUUUCUUUUCUUUCCAAAUUGGUUCCUGAAAGUUGGAUCUUGUUAUGAAUAUCAUCCAAUGUCUUUGUCUUUGCUUUGUUUGGUAGGCACAGGGCGAGGUAGAGGUUGAUUUGAACAAGUUAAAUGAGAGAUUUCAGAUGGGCCAGUUUGGUACUUAUUUAGAAGCGCUUCUGCCUCUUUUUAUUCCUAUCAGCUGCAAAUUCACUGUCCUUUUCCCUAUACAUCCUUGGAUUUUAGUAUUGGAUGUCUUUCUUUGUUGCUAUCAUAUUAAUUAAGGAAGCUUCUAGGCCUUCCUUAUUAUUACUAUUGAAAAACUAGCUUUUCUUUAUUUUCCCCUCAAUGGAAAAGUCAUUGAAGAGCAAUGUGUUAAAAUUUUAGAUGUGUUCCAUCA